CGACAUGACAUGCGAGCUGCAACAACAUGUUGUUGGUUUAAUAUACGGACGUAAAGGACAUCUUAUAAAUUUGGAAGCCGUUAUAAAAAUGAAAAGUGAAGGCACAAGUAUGAACACAGAAAUCGAUGCACAACAAAAUCAUGACGAUCAAAAUCAAAACAGUGAAGUUAUGGGCAGUGAAAAUAUUGAAAAUGGAGAGGCAAUAAAUAGCAAUCAUCAUUUGUGUGAACCAUCAAACCAUCUAGUCAAUAAUACAGUACCUCCUAACAGUCAAAUGAGUAGUACAUGUGGUACUCUUACACCCAGUACUAGUACUUCUACCCCAGAGGAAGCAUGGAAACCAAUAAGUGAUAAACACAAGUUAAUCUCUAUAGACUUCCUUUGUCAAUAUAUGCUUGAAACUGGUGUUACUACUACUACUACUACUGGUUUCAUCAGUGACACAACGGAGUGUAGUGCAUGUAAACUGAGAAACUGCGUGCAUUAUGAAACGGAAGUCACCAUGGUUUGCGCAGCGUGCCCGCGAUUCCCUCGUCUUUGUUCAGCACAAUGUUUUCGAUGGUGGCACAAUGUUCAUUUACCGGCAUCCGGUAAUAAACCAGGAACAACAAUCGAAUCCAAUCAAACCGAUACAACAAUAAGAAAAUCAAAUGACCAAGUUGUGAUUUCAGAAUCCCAGGUACUUGAUCAAUCAAGUGAAUUUAGAGCGCCUGAGGAAUCAGUCCUCCAACCUUGUACAACAUCCGUACAUCGGAAAAAGAAACCGACGUAAAGCAGCCUGAUAUUGUUAUGUGAAAGGAAAAGUUUGGCCUAGAAAAAGUAAACCCGGUUGCUCAUCGAAAACAUACUAAGAUAAUUCUGAUGGACGACGCUAUUUUUGAAUUUAUUGAAAAAAUGUAUGUACAGUAAAUAUUAGUUGAGCCCAUCAAUACAGGAACUGAAAUCUUAAUGUACAACCGUGAGUCAUGUAAGCAAAAGGCUCGUGAAAUAAGUUGCAAUCUUCUCAACAUCAUGAAGCUGACUUAAC